GACUGUGUGCAUAAUAUUCAAUCGAACGAUACCGCGUAUGAAAAAAGUCGCAACAUGAAUAUAAAAUAAUUUAUUUUAUUCCGUGAAAAACAGUGCUUGAUGUAGUUUAAUUUAUUAGAGAACCAUGAAAAAUAGUAAAAACGUAAAAGGUCAAAAUCACAAAUAUGAACAAGUGUCUCAAAGUGAUGAUAAAAGUGAAAUAAUUAUUUUUCAAACCAAUAAGAAAAUCUCUGCCGACGGCUUAAAUUUCGCCAAAGAAAUGUUGUUAUCGACUGCCGAGUCAGCAACAUAUUCCGCUUCGGAAGUUGAACGUCGACUUCACAGUAAUCUAAGGAAUGGCCUCACAUGGCAAGAAGCAUUGAGUCGUUCAAAAAUAAUAGGAUUUAAUGAACUGAGUGCUCCAGAAGAGGACAGUACAUUCAAGAAGUAUGUGGAGCAGUUUAAAAAUCCUCUGAUUUUAUUACUUUUAGGAUCUGCACUUGUUUCAAUAAUCAUGCAACAAUUUGAUGAUGCUAUAAGUAUAACAAUAGCCAUCAUCAUUGUAGUGACAGUCGCCUUUAUUCAAGAAUAUCGUUCAGAGAAAUCUCUUGAAGAGCUUAAAAAGCUUGUUCCGCCUGAGUGUCAUUGUUUACGUGAAAACCGCUUAGACACGUUUCUUGCCAGAAAUCUUGUGCCAGGUGACAUCGUUUUUCUUUCGGUUGGUGAUCGUGUGCCAGCAGAUAUUCGACUUUAUGAAGCAAUUGAUCUUUCAAUUGAUGAAUCAAGUUUCACUGGUGAGACAGAACCAGCUAGAAAGACAACUGAUGUUCUUGCUCAUGUUCCUGGAACUGGAAAGAAUCACAGCAGCAUGCGAAACAUUGCUUUCAUGGGAACAUUAGUUAGAUGCGGAAAUGGAAAAGGAAUUGUUGUGAGUACAGGCGAGCAGAGCGAAUUUGGAGAGGUCUUUAAGAUGAUGCAAGCGGAAGAAGCGCCAAAGACUCCACUUCAAAAAUCGAUGGACAUUUUAGGAGCCCAGCUUAGUUUCUAUUCCUUUUGCAUUAUUGGCAUCAUCAUGCUUUUAGGAUGGUUACAAGGAAAGGCUCUCGUAGAGAUGUUCACAAUCAGUGUCAGUUUAGCUGUUGCUGCCAUUCCUGAAGGGUUGCCAAUUGUUGUGACGGUAACUUUGGCAUUAGGAGUCAUGAGAAUGGCUAAGAGAAAUUGUAUCGUUAAGAAAUUGCCGACAGUUGAAACACUUGGAUGCGUUAAUGUCAUUUGUAGUGACAAGACAGGAACAAUAACAAAAAAUGAAAUGACUGUGACGACAAUCAUCAGUGCUGACGGAUACAUGGCAGAUGUAACAGGAGCUGGUUACAAUGACAAUGGAGAAAUUCACAUUCGCGACUGUACAAACAUGGAAAUAGCUAAACAGAGUAUCAAUCAAAUUAUCGAAGCUGGUGCUAUUUGCAACAAUGCUUUGAUUCAAGGUGAAGUUUUAUUAGGAACACCAACUGAAGGUGCGUUGCUUGCACUGGCAAUGAAGAAUCAAAUGUACACAAUUAGUGAUAAAUUCAUUCGAACUAAGGAAUAUCCAUUUAGUUCCGAACAAAAAAUGAUGGCAGUUUCAGUUAUUCCACGAUAUGUUGCUAAUAAUAAUAAAGAAGAAAUAUUCUUUGUCAAAGGUGCAAUUGAAAUGGUUCUUCCGCAAUGCACGAAGAUUCUUUUCAAUGGACAAAUUGUGGCAUUGACGAAACAAAGUGAAUCUGAAUAUCUUUCGGAAGCGUACGAAAUUGGAAGAAAAGGUUUGCGAGUUCUUGCACUUGCAAAAGGAAGAACUUUAACUGAUUUGGUUUAUCUUGGCCUUGUUGGCAUUACCGAUCCACCAAGGCCACUUGUACGUGAAUCUAUUGAUAUUCUUAAUCGAAGCGGUGUUAGAGUUAAGAUGGUCACUGGCGAUGCACAUGAAACUGCUGUUGCAAUUGCUCAACUUAUUGGCUUAGAUACAAUCCAUCAACAAGCGAUAAGUGGCCAUGACAUUGAUCAAAUGAAUGAGAUGCAACUUGAGAAAGUCAUCAAUAAUGUUAGCGUUUUUUAUCGCGUAACACCAAAACAUAAGUUGGCGAUUGUUAAAGCACUGCAACACACUGGGAACAUUGUGGGAAUGACAGGUGAUGGUGUCAAUGAUGGUGUUGCUCUUAAACGUGCUGACAUUGGAAUUGCAAUGGGAAAGAAUGGAACAGAUGUUUGUAAAGAAGCUGCUGAUAUGAUUUUAGUCAAUGACGACUUUCAUACAAUUAUAGCUGCGAUUGAAGAAGGCAAAGGAAUAUUCUACAACAUCAGAAAUUUCGUACGGUUUCAAUUAAGCACAUCGAUAGCUGCUCUCUCACUAAUUACACUUUCACAAUUAAUGGGAAUUCCAAACCCGUUAAAUGCUAUGCAGAUUUUGUGGAUAAAUAUCAUAAUGGAUGGGCCACCAGCACAAUCGCUUGGUGUCGAACCAGUUGAUCAAGAUGUUCUUAAAAGGAAACCAAGAAAUGUCAAAGAGCCGAUGAUCUCAAAGUCUCUCAUCAUUAACGUUUUGCUGUCUGCUGGUUUAAUAAUUGUCGGAACUCUUUAUGUGUUUCAACGUGAAAUGGAAGAUGGAUCUGGUGGUAAAACAAAACGAGAUACAACAAUGACGUUUACAUGUUUCGUGCUGUUUGACAUGUGGAAUGCUUUAAGUUGUCGUUCACAAACAAAAAGCGUUUUUCAGAUUGGAUUGUUCUCGAAUAAAAUGUUUUUAUUCGCGGUUGGAUUUUCAAUGAUUGGACAACUUUUGGUCAUUUUUUUUUCCACCUUUACAAAUGGUUUUUCAAACUGAAGCUUUGACCAUAAGUGACAUAAUUUUUCUGCUCACGUUAACAUCUUCAGUUUUCAUUGUGUCGGAGUUAAAGAAAUAUUUUGAACGUGCAAUGGAUCGGCGAGCGACUAAACACCACACGGAAAUGGAUUUCGUAUGACAAUCACAAUUACAAGCUGAAACAAAAAAAAAGUAAAAAAAAUCCCAAAAAAAAAGUAAAAAGACAAAAAUUUACAAAAAAAAAUGUUUGUGCAAAAAGUUUCGUUGAAUCAAAUUCAUGGGGAAAAUGAGAGGAAAAAAGAAACUUUCAACUUCCUUUAUGACGGCUACAAAAGUUUUACAAUUGAUUUGACACGUGACGUGUCACACGUCUUAAAAGAAUUAGAAAAUUUUCCUCGCUUUGAUUUAGAAAACUUUUUGCAUUACGAGCAAUUUCUUCGUUAUGAUUUAUUUAAUUUAUUUAAAUAUAAUUUGAGGUUUAUCAAAACAAAAGUUAAAAGAAACAGGUUUAUAUGUUAAAUUAAGUUUUAUAUACACUUUAAAUAGACCUUUUUUAUUAGAAGUUCUUGAGGACUUAUUUAAAUUUAAGAAAGAAAUAUUUCCCAGACAACCUUUAAAACAACAAUUGGCUGUUAUAAAUUGAAUAAAUUUAACAACAAAAGAAUGCUUUUAGAGUUUCAAGCAUUCAUAGAUUCAUUUCUUGAAUGCCAAACUUGAUAUUGUCACAAGCAGCCAAUAAUAAAUCUUCGAGGUCAAAUUUUAAAGACUUUUGAAUCCAAAAAAGUGUGACAAUUGUAUUUUAUUUCUCUUGAUUUAGACAACACUCGAAUAUUCAUUAAAAUAUAAAACACUUUUUAAUCACUCACGUUUGGAAUAUUCUUGCCAUUUUAUAAAAAAAAUUAUAAUAUCUUCUCGUAUUGUCAGUCAAACUGACAAGAACUACUGUAAACAUAUCUCUCGACCAUUCUUUUCUAUUUUCUACGAUGAAAGGAAGAAAAAAAUUGAUAGCUAUUUAACUUUUUCGAGUAAUAAGAUGACAAAGAACAAAACAAAUUUCAAUAUUUCCUCGUCUUUGUGCCUAUCUUUGAUUUUUAAAAUAAUUUUCAUUCUCUUCAUUCCGCUUGAUAUUUAGAAGUAUUGUGUCUUAUCCUUCACUUUAUUUUCCGCUUUUUUCCUUUCACAUUAAAAUAUUUAAAUAAUGAGAAUUUUAACAAUAUAAAUUACAUAAUUUUUAAGAAUAUAUGCGACAAUAAUUAAUAAAAGGAGAAUAUUGAGAAUUAUUCUGAGUGAAAAGUUUCCAAUCGUUUCAACAAAUUUCAUGUAGAUUUCUUUAGCUGAUUAUAUUUAAAUGGCUAUUUUUGGAGAAUAACUUCUCAUCUUUUUAACAGAACUACUAUUUACACUUUAAACUAAACAAACAAUGCUUUAGAUAUUUAUGAUAUCGCAAAUUAUUAAACUAUUUACUCGCUAUUAUUUGAAUGAAAGUUGCUAUUCAAAUUUGUUAAUUAACAUAUUUCCAACCUUUCUUUAAUUAGCUAUAAAAUAAGUUCUUUCGAAAAUUAAUUUAAUUUAAUCCAUAUGCACUUACUGCCUCUACUAAGAAAGUGUAGAGCUAAAAUCACAUGAAGUAUUAUUCGAUUUAUAGGAAAAUGAACUUACUUAGAUGUUUUUUUAUAAAUUUAUUCGUAAGAAUUAAAAUUAAUGCAAACACACAUUUCAUAAACAGAUCGAGUAGUUUUAUAAAUAGAAAAUCUCACAUAGUAAAUAAGGGAAGGAAAUAAAAAUUGAAUCUAGAUGUAGAUGACCAAAAAUCACGAUUUUCCUUCUCUUGCAUCUCACAGCACAUCCAUUCAACUACAAAACUACAUAAACAUAGAUAAAUCAUUCAUUGAGCAUUUGCAUGAUGUCGAUGAUGUCGAUUCAAUCGGAAGCAAUCAAACAAAUUGCGUGACAAGCUACAUAAAUCUGAAUCUUAAAUUGACAUCAUUGACAAAGUUAAAGCUCAAUUUUUUUACUUGUAAUCGAUAAGAUAAAUGUGUUAAUUUAUAAUUGUGAUAAAAUCGUAAUAAACUAUCAAUAAUUAGAUAUUUAUAUACAUAAAUAAAUAUAAAUGAAUGAGUGAAGGGAAUUAAAAUUUU